UGACUCCUCCUCCGCCUGUGUCUCCCUCCCUUGCCAAGCCCAGCCUGUGAAACUGAAUAACGAAGAUCACUCAACAAUGCCUGCCCCUCGCUGACUGCACGGUCCCCGCUGCCGCCGCCGCCGAGCCGAGCCCGCGGGGCGGUCCCCCCGACGGCGCCCCGCGCGGGACCUGGAGGCGAGCCGCGCCCGCCACCGCGCCCGUAAGCUCGCCGGCUCCGCCGCUCGCCCCACGCCCGCCCGCUCGCCAGGUGCCCCCGCGGCCGGUCGCCGAGAUGCCCAGCCCGCCCGGGCUCCGGGCGCUGUGGCUCUGCGCCGCGCUGUGCGCCUCCCCGUGCGCCGGCGGCGCCCCCCAGCCCCGCGCAGGGCCCGCCGCCUGCCCGGCCCCCUGCCACUGCCAGGAGGACGGCAUCAUGCUGUCAGCCGACUGCUCGGAGCUCGGGCUGUCCACGGUGCCCAGGGACCUGGACCCCCUGACGGCGUACCUAGACCUGAGCAUGAACAACCUCACAGAGCUUGAGCCUGGCCUCUUUCACCACCUGCGCUUCCUGGAGGAGCUGAGGCUGUCUGGGAACCACCUCUCCCACAUUCCAGGACAAGCGUUCUCUGGUCUCUACAGCCUGAAAAUCCUGAUGCUGCAGAACAACCAGCUGGGAGGGAUCCCCGCAGAGGCGCUGUGGGAUCUGCCGAGCCUGCAGUCUCUGCGCCUAGAUGCCAACCUCAUCUCCCUGGUCCCGGAGAGGAGCUUUGAGGGGCUGUCCUCCCUCCGCCACCUGUGGCUGGACGACAAUGCACUCACCGAGAUCCCUGUCAGGGCCCUCAACAACCUCCCCGCCCUGCAGGCCAUGACCUUGGCCCUCAACCACAUCAGCCGCAUCCCUGACUGCGCCUUCCAGAAUCUCUCCAGCCUGGUGGUGCUGCAUCUUCAUAACAACCACAUCCAGCAUCUGGGGACCCACAGCUUCGAGGGGCUGCAUAACCUGGAGACUUUAGACCUGAAUUAUAAUGAGCUGCAGGAGUUCCCCAUCGCCAUCCGGACCCUGGGCAGACUGCAGGAAUUGGGCUUCCAUAACAACAACAUCAAAGCCAUCCCGGAAAAGGCCUUCAUGGGCAAUCCCCUGCUGCAGACAAUACACUUUUACGAUAAUCCGAUCCAGUUUGUGGGAAGGUCAGCAUUCCAGUACCUGCCUAAGCUGCACACGCUAUCCCUGAACGGUGCCACAGACAUUCAGGAGUUCCCCGACCUCAAAGGCACCACCAGCCUAGAGAUCCUGACCCUGACCCGCGCAGGCAUCCGGCUUCUCCCGCCAGGCAUGUGCCAGCAGCUGCCCAGGCUCCGAGUCCUGGAACUGUCUCAUAAUCAAAUUGAGGAGCUGCCCAGCCUGCACAGGUGUCAGAAGUUGGAGGAAAUCGGCCUCCAACACAACCGCAUCUGGGAAAUCGGAGCUGACACCUUCAGCCAGCUGAGUUCCCUGCGAGCCCUGGACCUGAGCUGGAAUGCCAUCCGGUCCAUCCACCCUGAGGCCUUCACGACCCUGCGUUCUCUGGUGAAGCUGGACCUGACAGACAACCAGCUGACCACAUUGCCCCUCGCUGGACUUGGGGGCCUGAAGCAUCUGAAGCUCAAAGGGAACCUGGCUCUGUCUCAGGCUUUCUCCAAGGACAGUUUUCCAGAACUCAGGAUCCUGGAGGUGCCCUAUGCCUACCAGUGCUGCGCCUAUGGUGUCUGUGCCAGCUUCUUCAAGGCCUCUGGGCAGUGGGAGGCUGAGGACUUUCACCUUGAUGACGAGGAGGCUUCAAAGAGGCCCCUGGGUCUUCUUGCUGGCCAAGCUGAGAACCACUAUGACCUGGACCUGGAAGAGCUCCAGUUAGAGAUGGAGGACUCAAAGCCACACCCCAGUGUCCAGUGCAGCCCAAUUCCAGGCCCUUUCAAGCCCUGUGAGCACCUCUUCGAGAGCUGGGGUAUCCGCCUGGCUGUGUGGGCCAUCGUGCUGCUCUCUGUGCUCUGUAAUGGGCUGGUGCUGCUGAGCGUGUUUGCUGGGGGGCCUGGCCCCCUGUCCCCGGUCAAGUUUGUGGUAGGUGCAAUCGCAGGUGCCAACACCUUGACCGGCAUUUCCUGUGGCCUCCUAGCGUCAGUGGACGCCUUGACUUUUGGCCAGUUCGCCCAGUACGGAGCCCACUGGGAGAUGGGGCUGGGCUGCCGGGCCACAGGUUUCCUGGCGGUGCUUGGGUCUGAGGCCUCCGUGCUGCUGCUCACUCUGGCCGCUGUGCAAUGCAGUGUCUCCGUCUCCUGCGUCCGGGCCUAUGGGAAGGCCCCCUCCCUGGGCAGCGUUCGAGCAGGGGCCCUGGGCUGCUUGACACUGGCCGGUCUUGCUGCAGCCCUGCCCCUCACCUCUGUGGGGGAGUACGGGGCCUCCCCACUCUGUCUGCCUUAUGCCCCGCCUGAGGGCCAACCAGCAGCCCUGGGCUUCGCCGUGGCCUUGGUGAUGAUGAACUCCUUCUGCUUCCUGGUAGUGACUGGUGCCUACAUCAAACUCUACUGCGACCUGCCGCGGGGCGACUUUGAGGCCGUGUGGGACUGUGCCAUGGUCAGGCAUGUGGCCUGGCUCAUCUUUGCGGAUGGGCUCCUCUACUGCCCCGUGGCCUUCCUCAGCUUCGCGUCCAUGCUGGGCCUCUUCCCUGUCACCCCCGAGGCGGUCAAGUCUGUCCUGCUGGUUGUGCUGCCCCUGCCUGCCUGCCUCAACCCGCUGCUCUACCUGCUCUUCAACCCCCACUUCCGGGACGACCUGCGGCGGCUUUGGCCCUGCACACGAGCACCGGGGCCCUUAGCCUACACUGCUGCCGGCGAGCUGGAGAAGAGCUCCUGCGAUUCCACCCAGGCCCUGGUGGCCUUCUCUGAUGUGGAUCUCAUUCUGGAAGCUUCUGAAGCUGGGCAGCCCCCUGGGCUGGAGACCUAUGGCUUCCCCUCAGUGACCCUCAUCUGUCAGCAGCCUGGGGGUCCUAGGCGGGAGGGCAGUCAUUUUGCAGAGCCAGAGGGAUCCCACUUUGGGAACCUGCAACCCUCCAUGGAUGGAGAACUGCUGCUGAGGGCAGAGGGAGCCAUGUCAGCGGACGGGGGCCUGUCAGUGGGCAGGGGCUUCCAGCCCUCUGGCUCAGCCUUUGCCUCACACUUAUAAAUGUCCUUCCCCGUUUUCUCUUCCCAUCUCUCCCCUUUUCUCUCUUCCCCCUUCGUGAAUGAUGGCUGCUUGUAAAAUAAAUACAACCAAAACUCAACAGUGUGAUCCGUGGCAGCACGGCCUGGUCCCCUGGGGUCCUCUCUCCCCCAGCCACCCCCAGGGCUCUCUUCUUGGCCUGGUCUCCUGUUGGCCUUCCUCAGAGUUCAUUCUGGGCAUCUCCCCUGUUAAGGGAGAAGAGAAAACUGAAAAGACAGUGGCUGGGGUGCUUGCGUGCAUGUGUGCAUGCGCGUGUACAUGUGCGUGUGUGUGUGUGUGUGUGUGUGUG